ACAAGUUUGGCCCCCACCACAAUGGAGGGAGCUUCAGUUCACUCUCCCUACCUUUGUCCCUCUCUAUAUCUAACAACAAAAAUUAAUAAAUAAAUCCAGGCUGUCUUUUUGUCCUGGAGUUCUGACUGCAGUAGGGGCACUGCUGCUCUUCAGCUGUAGUUACUUCUUUUCCCUGUGGUCUAAAACACUGCAUCAGUGGCACACCGCCUUUCCCUGUAGCAUGUGUAGCAUUCUGUCUUGUGUAAAAUAGAAAUCAGUCCCCAGGCAUCUGAACACUCAGACAAAAAUGUGUCUCAUGAUGUGCCAUAAAGGAAAAGCACCUUUUAUGGACAAAUUCAACAAGCUACUUCCUUCUGAAGUGUGACUGACUAUAGGGCAUGCCACGGUUUCAGAAUUAAUUUCUAGCUUGUCACAAAGGCAUUUGGUUCAAUAUAUUAUUGUUAAGGUUAUGUUUCCAUGGUCGAAUGGAGUCAUGAUGUUUCCUAUCUGUCACCACACUAGCAUCCUCUAAUCGGUGAAUUGUGAUGUAAGAUUUUACAGCAUAUCCAUUGUAGUGCACUAAGUGGUGUAUGUAUUUACUAUCUUCCAGAUAAAUCUUUGACACCCAGGGUUUUUGCCAAAGUCAGCUAUAGAAGAGUUGUUCCUGGUAUUGUUUUGAGAAAGAUAUGGAAGCUGUGACCUUGAAAGACAUGGAAGCAACUGUGAAAUGUGAAGGGGAAAAUAGUUUUUACUGUGAAGAUACCCAAGCUGGGAUGACUACCCAUUAUAAGAAUCUUGCUACAAAUAAAGAUGAAAAAUAUAAAACAUCUUGGGAAAAACUCCAUUGCAAUUCAGUUACAUUUCCGGAAAACCAUUAUAAUGGUGUGAAAAAAUCCUAUCAAAUGUUAGACCUUAUUAUAAAUCAGAAUAUUCAAAUUAAAGAGGAACCUUGUGAAUAUGAAGUAUGUAGUGAAACUUUGAACCAAUCUUCAUCACCUAAUCAUAGUAAAAUGAAUUUGGAGGAAAAUUCAUACAUUUGUAAUACAUGCGGGAUAGUCUUCAGUCAAUGGUCAGAUUUAAAUGAACACGAAGCACUUCAUGCUGGAGAGAAAUCUUACAAAUGUAAAGAUUGUGGUAAAACCUUUAACCAGUGCUCACAACUCACUCAGCACUGCAGAAUUCAUACUGGAGAGAAACCUUACAAAUGUGAAGAAUGUGGUAAAACCUUUAGCCGGUCCUCAAGCCUCACAGAACAUCAGCGAAUUCAUACUGGGGAGAAGCCUUACAAGUGUAAAGACUGUGAGAAAUCUUUUAUCUCUAACUCAAAACUUAUUGAACAUCAUAGAGUUCAUACUGGAGAGAAGCCUUACAAAUGCAAGGAUUGUGGUAAUGCUUUCAGCCGGCGCUCAGAACUUACUCGACAUUACAGAAUUCAUACUGGAGACAAACCUUACAAGUGUAAGGAAUGUGGCAAGACCUUUAACCAAAGCUCUGUCCUUACUCAGCAUCAAAGAAUUCAUACUGGAGAACGUCCUUACAAAUGUAAAGACUGUGAUAAAGCCUUUCGCUCCAACUCCAGAUUUAUUGAGCAUCGGAGGGUUCAUACUGGAGAGAAACCUUACAUAUGUAAAGAGUGUGGUAAGAACUUCACAGCUAAGUCAGGACUCACUGAGCAUCAACGGAUUCAUACCGGAGAGAGACCUUACAAAUGUAAAGAAUGUGGCAAAACCUUUAAGCAGUGCUCAACCCGUACCCGACAUCAGAUCAUUCACACUGGGGCCAAACCUUACAUGUGUGACGUAUGUGGUAAAUCCUUUAACCAGUGUUCGAGCCUUACUCUACAUAAGAGAAUCCAUACUGGAGAGAGACCUUACAAAUGUCAAGAUUGCGGUAAAACUUUUAAGCAGUGCUCAGGCCUUACGCAACAUCAGAUCCUUCACACUAGAGAAAAACUUUACAAAUGUGAAGAGUGGGUAGAGCCUGAGCUCAAUCCUUAAUCAACAUGAAUGAAUUUAUGUUUCAGAGAGACCUUACAGAUAGAAACAUCUGGCAGAGCCUCUAGUCAACAUCAGUGUAUACUGCCCAGAAGCUGUGGAUGUGCGGAAUGUGACUUGAGUCUUUAGGCAGAACUCAGCCCUUCUUCAGCAUCACAUAAUGGACAAGAGGAAUCCUAUAAAAGUGAGGAAGUUGAAUAGUAUUCCAGUGUAUAAAUACAUCACAUCUUCAUCUACUCAUCUAAUGGAUACUUGGAUUAUUGUUUCAACUAUUUAAAUAAUCCAUUGUUGAUGAAAGAAGUAAGGUUUGUUUUAGCACUUUAUUCAUUUAAUGCUAUUCUCAACUUUAUAAGUAAAUAAACUCUUCCAGUCUAUUAAUAUACUAGUGUCUCACUAGCAGUACAAAGAUAAUAGAGAAUAUUGGUAUGACUGAAGUGAAGUUUUUACAGAAGAUAGAUUUAGACUAUCCUCACCACAUAAAGUGGUGGACUUUAUAUAGUAUGUACAUAGCUUGAGUUUUACUGAUAAACAUUGAAACAUAAAUGUUGUAGUGUUACUUCAAUUUUAAAAUACCAAAGUAUCAUCAUGGAUUCCAGAAUAAAUGAUAGUUGUUUCAUCCACGUCCCGGGUCUGUGGUGUCUCCUAUGAUAGUUAUUUCCUAAGGGACAUAAUCCGUUGUUUUUUUGUUUUUUUUUUUUUCAAUCUCAGCAUAGGAACUUUUUUUUUUCUUGCCAGAGCACUGCUCAGUUCAAGUUUAUAUUGGUGCAGGGGAUUAAAUCUGGGACUUGGGAGCCUUGGGCUUAAGAUUCUCUUUGCAUAACCAUUACACUCUCUCCCCCGUCAGAAUAAUCAUUUUUAAUUGCAGCCAUAGGUGAAAGAAUACCAUAGCCCUGCCUGUAGCAUCCUACGCAGGCCUGUGGACACCACUGCCCAUUCUCCUGUCAUUCCACAGGGCACAGAUUCCAGAAUCCUGGCAUGCACAGAGUAUAGUGAAUGGCCCCAGGAUAAAGAUCAUAGAGAGGGUGUGGAGCCCUAGAGCAGACUGGGCUGUGGCCCUGGGAACGGCAACCCUCCAGGGCACGCCAGGCCAUAAAUCCUGGUUCUGCAAGGUUAGUUUGAUGAUCUGUUGUCAGGAGAAUUUGUGAGAUUUAUUAACUACGGUUUUUUAUAUACCAAGUUAAAGGAGAAAUGAGUAGUAGCUAAUGAGCACAAGCCGCUCUCUAGAAGCUGUUGAGAGGGCUAGCUCAAACAAUCUGACAAGUCAUGAUUUCAGUACCAUAAAAAAGUUACAGGGGGGUGAGGGGGGAAUAGCAUAAUGGUUAUGCAAAGAGACUUUCAUGCCUGAGGCUCUCAAGUCCCAAUUUCAAUCUCCCACACUGCCAUAAGCCAGAGCUGAGCAGUGCUCUGGAAAAAAAAAAAAAAGUUAUGGGGGCUGGGCAGUAGCACACAUGGUGCAAAGCGCAAGGACUGGCUUAAGGAACCCGGUUCUAGGCCCCGGCUUCCCACCUGCAGGGAGGUCGCUUCACAAGCAAUGAAGCAGGUCUGCAGGUAUCUAUCUUUCUCUCUGCCUCUGUCUUCUCAUCCUCUUGUUUCUCUCUGUCCUGUCCAACAACAACAGCUAUAAAAACAAUAACAAUACAACCACAACAAGGGCAACAAAAUGGGAAAAAUAGCCUCCAGGAGCAGUGGAUUCCUAGUGCUGGCACUGAGCCCCAUCGAUAACCUGGAGGCAAAAAAAAAAGUUACUGUUAGAAACACCAACUUUGUGGUCCAGGAGGUGGUGCAGUGGAUAAAGCAUCAGAUCCUCAAGCAUGAGGUCCUGAGUUCAAUCCCUGGAAGCACAUGUACCAGAGUGAUGUCUGGCUCUUCUGUUUCUCAUUAAUAAAUAGAAUAAUUUAAAAAAAAAACAACACCAACUUUAACAUGUCUCUACUGGAUGUUUAAUGUGCAUUUUAUGUCUUCACUACAAAAUAUUCCUAGUUUGGUAGUAAAGUUUGCAUGUUCUUUUUUUAAAUAAAAAGUAUCUUGUAA